AUGCAAAGACCUGUCCUGGGGUAUUGGGCGUUUAGGGGUUAUGCAGAGCCGAUAAGGAUGCUUCUGAGACAUCUGGAGGUUGAUUUUGAAGAUAUGAUGUAUCAGCAAGGGGAUGCUCCAGAUUAUGAUAGAAGUGAAUGGCUUAAUGUCAAGGAAACCCUGGGCAUGGAAUUCCCUAAUUUGCCUUAUUGGAUCGAUGAAGAUAUCAAAUUAUCUGAAACAUUCGCAAUACUUGAAUAUGUUGCAGCAAAAUAUAGUCCAAGCUAUCUGGGAAAUAAUAUGAUGGAAGAAACUCAUGUAGUCAUGAUGCAAGGAGUUCUUAAGGAUCUGAAAACAGCUGCAACAAAGCCAUGCCUUAGUUCUGAUGCUUUGUCACUUAUACCUCUUUGUAGGGAAAGCUUAAAACCGACGCUGAUAAGAAUUGGAUCGUUUUUAGAAGGCAAAAGAUUCUUAAUUGGAGACCAUCCGACGUGAAUAGAUUUUUACUUAUUUGAAUUGCUUGAUCAAAUUGAGACAAUGUGCCCAGGAAUUUUAGCUGAAAAUUCUCAAAAUUUUAGUUCUUAUAAGGACAAUGUAAGAAGUUUAGCUCAUGUUGAAGAGUUUAUAGCAAGACCACGCAUGCCUUUUAAUUAUAAAAAAGCUGGCUGGGGUAAUAAAUAA